ACUGAUGGUGCCAUCAGAAGCUUCUGAUUUUUCUUCUAUUCAGAAUAAAAUCUUUGAAACUAGUGGAAGGAUUACGGAGGAACAACUAAAAGCUGAUGAGAUUGUCCAUGUAAAGAAAGCAACUGAGAAACCAGUUGCUCUAGUGGGUAGUCUCUGUUCGUCAGGCUCCAAGUCCAAGAUAGAUAAUAUGCAGCCUACUGAUAUAGCCAUGAUUGGUGUUUCUGGAAAUUGCAUUUCUGAGGCUACGCCAUCUUCACCUGUCCACUGUAAAAAUAUAAGAAUGGUGUCAUUGCAACUUUCUGAUUUUUCUUCUAAUGAAAAUGAAUCCUGUAAAACCACCGCAAGGAUUGUCAAUGCUGAAGAGAUCGUCCAAUUAGAGAUAGCAACUGAGAAACCAGUUACAUCAUUCGGCAGUCUCUGUCCAUCAGACUCUGAGUUCAAGGUAGACAAUAUGCAGCCUACUCAUAUGGCCACCAGGCAUGUUGGUUCCCAAGAGGGCAUUUGUGAUAAUAUGCCAUCAUCACCAAACCACUGCAAACCUGUAACAAUGCCAUCACAACGUUCUGAUUUUCCUCCAAAUGAAAAGAAAUUAUGUGGUUCACCUGUGGUAACAGUAACUGGUGCCAUAGAGUCUACUGAAGAGGAUGAUGAAGUGGAAGCCACUGUCUCAAAAAAUAUGGCAUCUACUUGUAGUGUACAGAACAAUGAAGUUAACAGUUCUACCCUCUGUCUCAACAAUUGUUCUCUCGUUUUAAUUUCUACAGAAAAGCAGAGACCUGGUAGAAAUGUCCAGAUAAUUGACUCUGUUGCAAGACCUGAUGAUGAUCCUCAAAGUACAAUCCCUGAAGCAAUCAUGGGUAAUGAGCCUAUGGAUCUGAUAGUCACACUUUUCCUGUCCGAAAACGGUCUCUUGUUAUGAAAAGACCGAAUGUGCCUGAGGUGAGGGAGGACAGUAGAGUAGUAACUGCAGUAGAGUCUAAUGAAGAGAGUGACGAGGUGGAAGUAGUUGUUUCAAAAAGUUUGGCAUCUACUUGUAGAAUUCAGAACAAUGAAGUCAAUGUUCCACCCGUGGUCUCAAGGAUGAUGCGCCUGUGUUAACUUCAGUAGAAAAGCAGAGCCCUGAUAAAGAUGUACAUAUAAUAGACUCUGCUGUAAGACCUUCUGAUGAUCGUCAAAGUACAUUCUGUGAAGUGGUCAUAGUUGAUGAGCUGAUGGACCAUUCUAGUCAUGCUUUUCCUAAAUAAAAUCAGUCUCUGGCUAUGGGAAGAGCAAAUAUGUCUGAGGUUGGGCAGGACAGUAGAGCCGUUACUCCUGUUUGUACAGAGAACCCUUCGUUGGAGUUUAUUGGGACCAGCUCACCUAUGGUGCAUCCAGAUACUAGUGCUGUACAAAGAAAUGCAAUCCCACUGAACCAGAUACCAAUACCUACAGCUUCAUCUUCCUUGGCACAUAGUUCACCUGAUACAUCAACGUUCAUAGGAAUUCAAAAUCACCAAAGUAAUGCAAGUCAUGCCUCAACUCAAGAAGUUCAAGUCUCAAGACAAUCAUUGUCCAAGGGCCCGAUAGAAUUUGCUAAUGCUUGUGUCCAAGGUUUGCCACUGCCACGACCAAGAAGUACGCAAAGAAUUGGAAAUGAAACUCGUGUUCAUGGGCCUAGAACAAGAACAAGUAUGAAUGAUCCUUCUUUUCACACUAACUAUGUGAUACCUGAUAUUCCUAAGCUUGCUGGUUCUGACCCACUUCCAAUUGAAAUAGAAAGAAUACUACGGGAUGAGAGGCACGAGCUCAGGAUGCACGAAGAUAUGGUACUGCAUAUCAUAUCUGAGCGAGAGAAGGAAAUGCGAGAGAUAUUCAAGAAGUAUGAAGUGUUACUUCAAGAUGCUGAGAGAGCGGUACAUCAGAAGAUGGAGGAUCAUAGAACAAAUUUGCAAUAUGUCUAUCUAAGUAAGCUACUGGCUGAGACAUUGAUGCUGAAGCAUCAGGAUUAUAAGGGAGCUGUGCCACCAGAUACAAGACAAGGUAAAUGGUGAAAAGAGGCUUUUUAUGUUGAAAAUUUACCAGAAGUUGAAGUCAAUAAUAUACAGUCAAGUUGAAAUCAACAAUUUAUAGACAAAUUGAAAUCAAUGUUAUCGGUAUAUUAGGUUGUAUAAUUGGUAAUUGUAUAGGGAAGUAUAGGGGUAAUUACUAUAUAGUUCCUAGGUUUUUGUUUAACACACUAGCAAGGACAUCGGUUUUCAAAAUUACAAUAUUUAAUCCAUGCAUUAUAAUUCUAUUAUAUUAUAAGGUCAAAUAGUUAGUUUUUCCAUUAAGUGAUUGUGAAUUAUCAAAAAAACCCUUAAGAAUAAUUACUAUAUAGAGACUAAAUAAUGUAAAAUUAUAAAAAUGGAGGUCCUUAUUAGUAUAUUUCACCAAACCAUAGGGACUAUAUAAUAAUUAUCUGUAGGGGUACUUUUAAUAUUUCAAUCACUUAAUGAAAAAACUGAUGGUGAGACAUUAUAGUGUAGCAUAAAUAUAAUGCAUGGACAAAAUAAUGAAAUUUUAAAAACUGAGGUGGUUGUUGGUGUAUGUGGGCAAAACCUCGUGACUAGGAUUGGUAUUCGUGCAUUAAAUAAUGGUGGUUUAAACUUCAAACCCGCUGGGACUUGGCUGAGAAUGAAGGUUCUGUACUUAGACUGGUAACGGGCUGGGCUUAGCCGAGCAUUAAAAUUUAAACCAGGUAAUGAACGAUGGAGUUUUUGUCGGCUUCAUAGUUUUAUGAGUUGGUGACUAAAAUACAAACACAGAGCAUGGUAAGACUGUGGACAACAAAGAAAUCUUUUGAAUAACCAGAAGCGAGCUUUCCAAUUUUGAUGUUAGCAGCUGGCUAAAAUGGUCCACAUAUCAACCCGAAGCACUUAGACAAGAAAAGUAAGUGCAGUAGUACGUCGUGAAGGGAGUCUUCAAUGGCGAUGCCUAAUGCUCGUAUAUAGUUAUUGAAGAUCAUGGAGGGUUAUUCUUGACCUCAAGAUUCUAUGAUUUUCUCUUUUUCAUUUUAUCUCUUGAUUCGAAUUCAAUAUUUCUUGUCAUCUUCCAAAUUCAUUAAAAAAAUGCUUGAAUUAGAUUAAUUAACUCAACUAUUAUUACUGUAAAUCCAAGAUCCUUCUCCUAAACUUGGAAAAGGGAAAACAAGAACUACCCUUUCAGAUUGGUUUGAAAUUUUGUUAAUUCUUGUCUCUUGCAUUGAACUUUCAAUUUGAUUUGCUUCAAAUUGUUUGAUAUCCCCUUCUGAAAAAAAUUCAACAGUACUAAUUUACAUGCAAGAUAUUAAAGAUUGAAGAAAGAAAUGCAUUAAUUAUUGAUUGUUAUAUCACAAACUUUAGUACAUCCCAUCAUCAAACUUUUAAGUACAUAGAAGGGACUGGGAAAAGAAAUUUUGAACUGCAAAAGAAAACUAAAAAA